AUGGAGUAUGGAGGGAAUAAGUCUCACGGCAAGAGGAUGAUGGCUACCGAUAAGGCGAGGGCACAUAAGACCCUCCUCCUCCUCCUCCUCCUCCUCCUCUUCCUCCUCGGGAUCGCCUGCUGGCUCCAUGGCCAGGGCCAGGGUCAGGUUCAUGCGGAGCUCGGCGAGCUCGAUGAAAUGAUCGACGACGAUGACAACGACGACGACAGGUUCGUCGGCUACUUGGCAUGGAGCCCUCAGCAUGUCGCCAACGCCAUGAACGAGGCCCAGUCCACCAUGCAGCACAUCGUCCGAGAUUGGAAGAGCAACUACUCGUCCAAUUCAACCGUGCAGGAGGGGCUGUGGCGGACUAUGCACAGCCUGCAAGAGGCGUUUGCUCCCAAUGGCACCUUGAAGCAUGCGGCGAGCGACGCUAUCUUGAUCCUCAGGGGAACUAGGAGGGAGAGAAUGGCAGCAGACUGGAAUGGAUCUUUUGCUAAGAGCUCGAUCCUUCGGGAUCUAUCGAAGAUCAAGUCCAAGUCGGAGAUGCUGGCCAGACAGGCCGCGGGCGAGGAGGAGGAGCAGGCGGCGAAGAUUGCGCGGCUGUUUCACAGUGUUUCGAAGUCGAGGAGCAGGAUGAAGCAACUUCUCGAGGAGGCGGAGAGUAUCUCCCGGAACUAUGCGAGGAACGCAGACAAGGUCAGAGGAAGGAUGGGAGAAUUAUCGCAGACUUUCGGUCGAGUAGCGGUCAAGGACAUCAACAAGGUUGAGGUGAAAGAGAUUCUGCAAGGGCUUCCAAAGAACUUGCGAGUAAGGAGCUCUGGAGUCUUGCGAGAAGUGGAGAAGGAAGAGGAAAAGCUGCAGGAAGUGAAGAAGUUGAACGCGAAGAUGGUGGCGUCGUUGAGACAACAAGUGGAGCAUCUGAAGGAGAAGGGGGAGGACUUGCAGGCUGAUGAUGCCACGUCAAUGGGUCGCAUUGCCAGCCUUGACUCCACGGUGCAAAGAUACUUGGACAAGAACAAAAUGUUUAUCAACGAGACAGUCAGCUCCGAUGACCGAGACGUGCAGGCAGUAGCCAAGCAGGAGGACAAGGAUGCAGAGCAGCUUGCAGCGCUUGUGGAUCCUUGCGUGAAGGAGCGGCAGGGGUGGCGAGAGAUGAAACGAUUGUUGUCCGAGCUGGAGGACAAGCUGAAGGCGCAACAGAACUUGACGAGACACGAGGAGGAGGACGUGGAGGAGGCAGAGAAGAAGUUGUUGGCCGCUGAAGCGCACUUUCGGCUCAGCUCAUGGCAGGUGGGUGGAGAGAAAGGUGAUGAGCAGAAGGAGGAGUCUGGCAGCCUGCUGGAGGAGCUGGUGAAGAAGCUGGAAGUGAGCAGGAAGACAACGGCGCUGCUCGUCAUCAAGCAGGCCAACGAGCAUGCAAGGGUGGAGGAGGAGAUGAAUGAGCUGGAUGCUGAGCGGGAUAUGGUUGAGCAGAUCGGCGUCAUGAUCUCACAGGCUAAGACCAGUCAAGCUCGAGCUGUGGCGAAGGAGCUGGAAACAAAGAAACUUCCUUUCAGCAGUGAGCUUGCGGCCCUCACGUCGGGUCUUUACAGCUCCUUGAGUUCCAAGAAGGGGAGGCUGGAGACGAUCCUGCAGAAUCUGAUCAGCUACAUCGAUCACGAUCGUCAAGCGCUGCAAGAAGAGUUGGAGCAGGCAUGGGAGUGGAAGGUGGAGUCUGCCAAGAAGCUGCACGAGAAAGCAGCAGCUGUCAUGGAGGAUGAAGAGCUGGUGGUCCCUGGGCUGAGGGAACGCUACGAGGAAGCGAAGAAGGCGAGAGAUGCGGCAAGACUGAAGGUUGCGACGAGCAUGCUGAUCGAUCCUUCGGUCCGGCGGCUUCAAUCCUCCAUAGCCAAGGUCGAGCGAUGGGCUGAGGAUGCACGAAGAAAACUUUUAGUGUGCACCGACUCGCUGGGUUCCGGCUGGAGGAGUGCUGUCCUCGGAGAGCCCAAGACUAGGGAGGAGUGGGGUGAAGUCAAGCAUAUGUUGUAUAAGAAGGAUGGGCAAGAGCUCCAGGAGGCGCUAGAAAUCCUGUCGCGAGCUCCAGCAAAAGCGUCAGGUAGCGGAGUGCGGAUCGUUCCUUGA